CCAGGGGAAGACUCUGCUUCACAGAUCCCACCUGGACAGAAAUGUUGGCGUCAGGUUAGAGGAGACUCAGCUUCAGGUCUGUCUCAUCAUUCAAAGAUGGUGGGUGUUUGUGGUUCAUGUCUCUGAAUGACUGAAGUCCAGAAGAUGGAUGAUUGUGUGGAGGAAGAGGAGGAGAGACCAGAGUCUCCAGGAUCCAUCUGUCUGUCUAUGAAGAGUGACCGGUCCAAAGAUGAUCCUCUAAACUUCAGUAAAGAACCUGGACCCUCAGACACAAAAGGUCGGUACCGCAGUCAGAGACCAGAGUCUCCAGGAUCCAUCUGUCUGUCUAUGAAGAGUGACUGGUCCAAAGAAGAUCCUCCGGACUUCAGUAAAGAACCUGGACCCUCAGACACAAAAGGGAGGAAGAGGAGAGGAGUAAGUGUGGAGGAGCAGCCGUCCUGCUGUCCUUUGUGUCAGGACAUCCUGAAGGAUCCAGUCUCCAGCAGCUGUGGACACUGGUUCUGCAGACGCUGCAUGAGCUCAUACUGGGACCAGUCUGCUCCACCAGGACCGUCCUCCUGUCCCCAGUGUGGAAAAAGAUCCAGAACCAGAGCUGGACUGCAGACAGCCAGUCAGAGCAGAACUGUACGAGCAGAUUCUGGUCUGCAGGAGGUCCUAGAUGAACACAAGACCAGUCUGAGGAGCAGAUGUGAACAUGUGACUGAAGGAACUGAUGAACCAGGAAGUAGAACCCCCCUCAACAGGAUCUACACGGAGCUCUUCAUCACAGAGGGACUGAGUGAAGAGGUCGAUACCCAACAUGAGGUGAGGCAGCUGGAGACAGCUUCCAGGAUGAAGAGCCUCCAUGACGCUCCAAUCAGGUGCCAGGACAUCUUUAAAGCCUUACCUGGCCAACGUGGAGCCAUCAGAGUGGUUCUGACCAACGGCGUCGCUGGCGCUGGGAAAACCUUCUCGGUUCAGAAGUUCUCUCUGGACUGGGCCGAGGGCUCGGAGAACCAAGACGUCACCGUGGUGAUUCUGCUCUCGUUCAGGGAGCUGCACCUGAUCAGAGAUGAGCAGCUCAGUCUUCUCAGGCUGAUCCAGGUUUUCCAUCCAUCGUUCCAGAACCUCACAGCAGAGCAGCUGGCUGCCGGGAAACCGUUGUUCAUCUUUGACGGCCUGGAUGAAAGCAGACGUUCCCUGGACUUCAACAACGGUCCGGUCGUGUCUGACGUCACACAGAGCUCAUCGGUCAACGUGCUGCUGACCAACCUCAUCCAGGGGAACCUGCUUCCCUCAGCUCUCAUCUGGAUCACUUCCAGACCUGCAGCAGCCAAUCAGAUCCCUCACAAACACGUGGACAGGGUGACAGAAGUACGAGGCUUCACCGACGGCCAGAAGGAGGAAUACUUCAGGAGGAGGUUCAGGGAUGAAGAGCGGUCCAGCAGCAUCGUCUCCCACAUGAAGACAUCCAGAACCCUCCACAUCAUGUGUCAACUCCCGGUCUUCUGCUGGAUCACUGCUACAGUUCUGGACCACAUGUUGACCAGAGAGCAGAGAGGAGAGCUGCCCAAGACCCUGACUGACAUGUUCUCCCACUUCCUGGUGGUCCAGACCAAGAGGAAGAAGAACAAGUACCAGGAGGGACAUGAGACGAGUCCACAGGAGCUGACGGAGGCUGACAGGGACCUUCUUCUGAAGCUGGGGAGGCUGGCGUUGGAACAUCUGGAGAAAGGAAACAUCAUGUUCUACCAAGAAGACCUGGAGCAGUGUGGUCUUGAUGUCCCAGAGGCCUCGGUGUACUCAGGAGUUUGUACCCAGAUCUUCAGGAGAGAGUGUGAGAUCUUCCAGAAACCCGUCUACUGCUUUGUUCAUCUGAGCAUCCAGGAGUUCCUGGCUGCAGUCUACGUGCUCCACUGUUGGUCCACCAGAAACACAGAUGUGCUGGAGAACUUCCUGGGAGAAGACUCAUUCCUGGGAGGAAAAUACAGAUACUCAUCUCUGGAUAAAUUCCUGAAGAGAGUCAUGAAGAAAUCCCUGGAGAGUAAAAAUGGCCACCUGGACCUGUUUGUCCGCUUCCUUCAUGGUCUUUCUGUGGAGUCCAACCAGAGACUGUUAGGAGGUCUUCUGAACCAGACGGAGAACCGUCCAGAAACCAUCCAGACAGUCAUCAACAACCUGAAGCAGAUGAACACUGAUAUCAGCUAUCCUGACAGAAGCAUCAAUAUCUUCCAGUGUCUGAUGGAGAUGAACGACCUCUCAGUUCAUCAGCAGAUCCAAGAGUUCCUGAAGUCAGAGAACAGAUCAGAGCAGGAACUCUCUGAGAUCCAGUGUUCAGCUCUGGCCUACAUGCUGCAGAUGUCAGAGGAGGUUCUGGAUGAGUUCGACCUGAACAAGUACAAGACAGCACCAAUGGGUCGACUGAGACUGAUUCCAGCUGUGAGGAACUGCAGAAAGGCUCGAUUUGUUGGUUGUAAACUCUCAGAGACUCACUGUGAAGUUGUUGCAUCCGCUCUGAAGUCCAACCCCUCCCAUCUGACAGAACUGGACCUGAGUCGGAACCAGGACCUGCAGGAUUCAGGAGUGAAGCUUCUGUCUGGUGGACUGGAGAGUCCAAACUGUAGACUGGAGACUCUGAGAUUGCAGGACUGCGGUCUGUCAGAGAUCAGAUGUUCUUCUCUGGGCUCAGCUCUGAAGUCCAACCCCUCCCAUCUGGAACAUCUGGACCUGAGUCUGAACAACCUGCAGGAUUCAGGAGUGAAACAUCUGUGUGGUUUCCUGGAGAGUCCAGACUGCAGACUGGAGACUCUGAGGUUGGAGGGUUGCGUGUUGUCAGAGAUCAGCUGUUCUUCUCUGGUCUCAGCUCUGACGUCCAACCCCUCCCAUCUGAAACAUCUGGACCUAAGCUGGAACCAGCUGCAGGAUUCAGGAGUGAAACAUCUGUGUGGUUUCCUGGAGAGUCCAGACUGCAGACUGGAGACUCUGAGCUUGCAGUGCUGCGGUCUGUCAGAGAUCAGCUGUUCUUCUCUGGUCUCAGCUCUGAAGUCCAACCCCUCCCACCUGAAACAUCUGGACCUGAGAUUCAACUACCAGCUGCAGACUGCAGAUGUGGAGCAGCUGUCUGGUCUGGUGCAGAGUCCACACUACCAGCUGCAGACUCUCAGGUGGGAGCGCUGCAGUUUGUCAGAGAUCAGAUGUGAUGAUCUGGUCUCAGCUCUGGAGUCCAACCCGUCUGAUCUGGAACAUCUGGACCUGAGUGAGAAACAGCUGCAGGAUUCAGAUGUGAAGCAGCUGUGUGGUUUCCUGGAUGGUCCAGACUGCAGACUGGAGACUCUGAGGUUGGAGGGCUGCUGGUUGUCAGAGAUCAGCUGUUCUUCUCUAGUCUCAGCUCUGAAGUCCAACCCAUCCCAUCUGAAACAUCUGGACCUGAGCUGGAACCAGCUGCAGGAUUCAGGAGUGAAACAUCUGUGUCGUUUCCUGGAGAGUCCAGACUGCAGACUGGAGACUCUGAGCUUGCAGUGCUGCUGUCUGUCAGAGAUCAGCUGUUCUUCUCUGGUCUCAGCUCUGAAGUCCAACCCCUCCCAUCUGAAACAUCUGGACCUGAGAUUCAACUACAAGCUGCAGGCUGCAGAUGUGGAGCAGCUGUCUGAUCUGGUGGAGAGUCCAGACUACCAGCUGCAGACUCUCAGGUGGGAGCGCUGCAGUUUGUCAGAGAUCAGAUGUGAUGAUCUGGUCUCAGCUCUGGAGUCCAACCCGUCUGAUCUGGAACAUCUGGACCUGAGUGAGAAGGAGCUGCAGGAUUCAGAUGUGAAGCAGCUGUGUGUUCUUCUGGAGAGUCCAGACUGCAGACUGGAGACUCUGAGGUUGGAGAACUGCAGGAUGUCAAAGAUCAGCUGUUCUUCUCUGGUCUCAGCUCUAACGUCCAACCCCUCCCAUCUGGAACAUCUGGACCUGAGUAAGAACAGGCUGCAGGAUUCAGAUGUGAAGCAGCUGUGUGUUCUUCUGGAGAGUCCAGACUGCAGACUGGAGACUCUGAGGUUGGAGGGCUGCUUGUUGUCAGAGAUCAGCUGUUCUUCUCUGGUCUCAGCUCUGAAGUCCAACCCCUCCCAUUUGAAACAUCUGGACCUGAGCUGGAACCAGCUGCAGGAUUCAGGAGUGAAACAUCUGUGUGGUUUCCUGGAGAGUCCAGACUGCAGACUGGAGACUCUGAGCUUGCAGUGCUGCGGUCUGUCAGGGAUCAGCUGUUCUUCUCUGGUCUCAGCUCUGAAGUCCAACCCCUCCCACCUGAAACAUCUGGACCUGAGAUUCAACUACCAGCUGCAGACUGCAGAUGUGGAGCAGCUGUCUGGUCUGGUGCAGAGUCCACACUACCAGCUGCAGACUCUCAGGUGGGAGCGCUGCAGUUUGUCAGAGAUCAGAUGUGAUGAUCUGGUCUCAGCUCUGGAGUCCAACCCGUCUGAUCUGGAACAUCUGGACCUGAGUGAGAACGACCUGCAGGAUUCAGAUGUGAAGCAGCUGUGUGGUUUCCUGGGUGGUCCAGACUGCAGACUGGAGACUCUGAGGUUGGAGGGAUGCAUGAUGUCAGAGAUCAGCUGUUCUUCUCUGGUCUCAGUUCUGAAGUCCAACCCCUCCCACCUGAAACAUCUGAAACAUCUGGACCUGAGCUGGAACCAGCUGCAGGAUUCAGGAGUGAAACAUCUGUGUGUUUUCAUGGAGAGUCCAGACUGCAGACUGGAGACUCUGAGGUUGGAGUGGUGUGGUCUGUCAAAGAUCAGCUGUUCUUCUCUGGUCUCAGUUCUGAAGUCCAACCCCUCCCAUCUGAAACAUCUGGACCUGAGUAACAACAAGAAGCUGCAGGAUUCAGGAGUGAAACAUCUGUGUGGUUUCCUGGAGAGUCCAGACUGCAGACUGGAGACUCUGAGGUUGGAGUGGUGCAGGUUGUCAGAGAUCAGCUGUUCUUCUCUGGUCUCAGCUCUGAAGUCCAACCCCUCCCACCUGAAACAUCUGGACCUGAGUUUCAACAACAACCUGCAUGAUUCAGGAGUGAAACAUCUGUGUGGUUUCCUGGAGAGUCCAGACUGCAGACUGGAGACUCUGAGGUUGGAGUUCUGUGGUCUGUCAGAGAUCAGCUGUUCUUCUCUGGUCUCAGCUCUGAAGUCCAACCCCUCCCAUCUGAAACAUCUGGACCUGAGUAUGAACAACAAGCUGCAGGCUGCAGAUGUGGAGCAGCUGUCUAAACUGCUGCAGAGUCCACACUACCAGCUGCAGACUCUCAGAAAAUGAACCAAACAGACGACGGUGGACCAGGUGGAAUCUUCUCAGAGAAAACGUCCUCCUAUAAUCUCUCAACACCAGCAAAGGUUGGUGAAACAUGUGGCUCCACCAACCUCCACCUCUCCUUCAUCAAACACCCUCGUCUGACGUUCUACUCAUUAUUUGGACUAAAUGAGGUUGAAAGCGACUCUUCAGAAAACCUCUGGAUGACGUCACAGAGGGUUUUAAGUUCUUCUAAAUUAACUCGGUCUGUUGUUAGCACUCAGCGAGAUGUUUUUGUACAACUUUAAAAAAACCAGGUCGUCAAAGGUUGUGCUUUAGAGAACAAGGUUUGUUUAGAAGAAAAAAAGAACCGAGUCGGUGUCGUUGCUGUACAAGGAGAGGACAUUUAUUGAAGAAUUCCCAACAUCACAGAUGUGUGUUAUCUGAGGUCGUGUCUUUCAGAUUUCAGUGAUUCAGACAAAGUGAAUUCAUCCACUCACAUGCAAGUCACACACCUGUGCACUCACCUGCUCCCCCAGACACACAGGCCCACGGUCCAACAUACGUUCACAGUCUCGAUACGUACAAAAAUUGAUACAAAUACAAAUAAUACCACAAUAAAAACAUUGUAAUUAUUCUUUUUUUUAAGAAAUUCUUACAGUUUAGCUAUGUUCUCUAUUCUGUAGAAAGACAACUAAGCUUUAAUAAGGGAGGAAUAUUUUUUUCUGCCCUUCUCUAAAAUGAUCAGUAUAUCAUCAAUGAAAAUUAUUACAGUGUACAUAU